UUUCGCACUAGUGGAUCGAUUUGAUAUUUGGUUAUAAGCAGCGUGGCCAAGCAGCGGUAGAGGCUGCGAAUGUCUUUCAUCAUCUCUUCUACGAAGGAAAUGUUGACAUUUACAGUAUUGACGAUCCCUUGAAAAAAAAUGCUACUAUCGGCUUUAUAAAUAAUUUUGGGCAAAUUCCCAAACAACUGUUCCGAAAAGCUCAUCCAGCUAAAAAAUCAUCCUUUUCCAAGUCCUCAUCAGUAUUAGAAUCGAGUCCCAUUACAACAUCAGUACAGUUGGGAAAUAUGAAUGAUAAACUAUUCUUCCAUAAUCUUGAAAUGUUGAAACCAUGUUCUCAACCAGUAAAAGAACUCAAGGGCCCAGUCGGGCAUAUAAUACAGGGAGACAAGAUUGUAUUAGCUGUCGAACAGAAUAAGAUUCUAAUGCCUUCAAAUUACAGUCGUUACAUAGCAUGGGGUUAUGCUGACCAUUCUGUUCGAGUUGGCAUGUAUGAUUCUGAUCGAGCGCUAUUUGUGUGUGAAAAUGUUGCUCCAGAUUCUGGAGAGAUUCUGGCAUGUGCUUGUCCAAACGCAAAAACAAUAAUUAUGGCUGGCACUAAUUCCAUCGUAACUGUCUGUGAUAUAGAUUUUAAGCACAAACAAUUGUACGUUAGGCAUACUUUGCAUGGACACACGGAUGCGGUCACUUCCCUUGCUGCUAGUACAGCAUAUAACAUAAUUGUUUCUGGUUCUAAAGACAGAUCAGCUAUUAUUUGGGAUAUGUCAAGAUACAAAUAUGUACGGCAAUUGUCUAAUCAUGUCGGCGUCAUUGCUGCCGUCAACAUAAACGAACUCACGGGUGACAUUGCAACAUGCUCUGCUACGUGGCUUUAUGUAUGGAGUAUCAACGGCGAUUGUCUGGCAAAGGUCAAUACAAGCAUUGGAUGUGCGGAUCGUAUGCAACAAAUAUUGUGUGUUAUAUUUUCGUGUAAGGAAGAAUGGAACAAAGACAAUGUUAUCAUAACUGGCUCAACGGAUGGAGUUGUACGGGUUUGGUCUUUAGAUCAUGUGCAAAUACCCACAGAACGCCAAAGUUGCAGCGACGGAGAUUUGUGUUCAGAUGCUAAAACUGAAUAUGAAAGCGACGAAGAAACCUACUCACUUGAAGAUGUCGGACUUGUCGUCAAAUCAUCUUCGACUAGUAGUAUAUACGAACAACAGGCGACGCAAAAAUGUACUGCAGAGCAAAUGAUGGGGAUAAGUAACCAACCAUCGGGCUGUAGCAGUUCAGAGAAUCAAUCAUUCUGCAAUAUUGCGUCAAACAUGAAAGCUAUAUCUAGCGAUCGACACAUGAAUCAAUUUGGUUCAGUUGGUAGUGGACAACUAAUGAAGAAAGAAGACAAUCAAAAGUCUAGAAAAACUUUUCACUGGGCCCAGCAACUGAUAUUCAGAACAAAGCUAACUAUGCACACAGCAUAUGACCGUAAAGAUAAUAUUGAACCAGCAAGUAUCACUUCAUUGGCAAUAUCGAAUGACCAUCGGACAGUUUUUGUUGGUGACGCCAGAGGACGAAUAUAUUCUUGGAGUGUAACCGAUCAAACUGGUAGAGUGAUUGCUGAACGUGUUUCAAAAGAAGGAACUUCAAUUGCCUGUGUUGGGUGCAAUAUUCGAUUCAACCGCUACGAACGAAGAAAUUGCUGUCGAAACUGUAGGCAAGAAUUUUGUUACAAAUGCUGUUAUGUAGAGCCUAGUGUAUUCCAGUUAAGGAUUCGUACACCCUCUCGUAUUUGCAAAGAAUGCAAUGAACAUUUAAAAGAAACAAGUGAUGUAUAGGUAGUAAACGUUGCUAGCGCAUAGUACAGAAGAUUUAGAUUGUUUUUGUUUCACUGCCUCAGGGUCAGUCUUAAGCAGUAUUCUAACAUUGUUAUAAAUACAAUAAUUGGUCGAAUUGCAUGUUUGUCUCUUGUGUCAUGGAAUUUCGUAUCUACAUGGUACUGAUAUGCGAUUAUAGUAAGUAUACCAGAAGGCUAUCUUCGAAAUUGUCUAAUACAGUCCAUAUUCACAUUGAAUGAGGUUCAGCAGAGAAAUAGGUUCAUCAGAGAAAAUUAAAAAGACUUUUUUUACACUGUUUGCUUAAACCUAACGAAUAAUAAUUAGCAGUGCUAUAUCAGUCUUCUGAAUAAGCGGAUUGACUUUCAUGAAGAUUUAGUGAACGGUAUGAAAAAAUGCCUUUUCAUUUUCGUUCAAUCACAAACGCGCCCUAUCAAAACAACAUUUUGAAUAGUGACAACUAACGUAUGCGGAAUAAAAUUUGGACAAAAUUCAAAAGGCAAUUUUUUGAAGAAAACUCUUUAUUAAAUGUUUUCUCUAUAUAAAAACAUUUGUCAGCUUAUUACCAUAAUGUAGAAAAAAAUUGAGCCCAUUCGACGACUGUUUGCAGGAACUUUUUGCAAAGGAAUCGAAAAAAAUUAUGUUGGCAUUUUCUUAAUUUCAUUCUUAAUUUUGAUUAUCAUGUUUGCUAGUUUUAGGUCAAAAAUUAUUGGCAUAUACUCUCUGCUUCAAAUUAUCCCAGAAAUUCUCAUUUGGACGCGGUUUGUGGUUCAUUUGAAGUGUUAUCAGCCUUUUGUACAAAAGGUAGGGGUGACCGGGGCUGAUUGGCCGAAGGAGCAGGUUGGCCGAAUGUCUUUUAUGAAAAGACUAUUAUGCGCAGUAGCGACAUCUAUAAUGAUUUUGGUGGGAUAUUAGGUCACCAAUGUACAGAAGUAAUUUCAGGUGUUUUGGUGGUGUCGUUUGUACAGGAGCACGUUUGUUCUUUUUUCGGCACUGGUGAGUAAAUUUCUGUUUCAGAAAAAUAAUAAGUGUAAAGCGAAUCAAUUUACAUCCGAUUUCCAAUAACUUUGUACUGCUUGAAAGGGUAUUCAAAACCCAACAAACAGGUAUAACGGUUACCAGUGUAAGCUUAUAUUUGUUUGUGUAAAGCGUGAUUGUUCUUGAACAUAUACAUUGGGGCAGGUUGGCCGACUUCUGUGCGGGGCUGGUUGGCCGAGUUGUGAAUUUAGUGUAGAGUAAUGUCCACUUUGAUAUUUGUGAAAUGCCAACCUUUUUCAAAGCAAAAUUUGAUAUUAUGCUAAUAAUGAUGAUUAUAAGGAAAAAUAUACACGAGAAAUAAGUAAUAAAAAUAAUUUAAAAUUAUUACCAAAUAGAAAUAAGAGAUUAGAGUCAUUAAAAAUCGGAAAUUGUUUAUAAAAAAGUUGAUUCCGAUAUUUUAUGAAUUAAAUGCCAAGCAGGUUUCAGAGUCUCUGGCGUGUGCCGCUACAAUCCUGAAAUUUUUCCUCCUGAGGAGUUUCUGGCAGGAUUUGUCACAGAUAGACCUAGCCCCGAACAAAACUCGUCCAUUAGCAUAGAAUCUGCUGCAGAUGUAAGCCUUUCUGAAGACGUCUGACCUCUUCUUUAGGCGAGUGCACGAUCUGAUUCGAAGAAGUGGCAAGUUCGUAAACGCCAAUCGUCUCAAAUUUUGACCGAUUCCCCAAUAAAAGCAGUAUUGGAGGAAUAGACAAAUGAAAUCAAACGUAAGCGUACGCUGGCAGAGGAAAAAAAUCAGCGAGAGCUGGUAAAAAGUUCACUAAAGCUGCCAAAGGUAAGUCCAAAAAGGUUAAAAGGACUAAAAAGGGAAAAGUGGAUUUUAUUUUCUUUACCUAUAUACGAAAAACGAUAUUUUUAAUUAAAAGUUUUCCACUGAUACAUUUGACGUGUUUAACUUAUUUCACCAAACUCGGCCAACCUACUCCAGCCCUGGGUUGGAUUUUUCUUUCCGCUUUUGUUUGCUAAUAAGUUUUUCUCUUAUUUUUUUCAUGAAUGAAAAAAAUUACAUAUGUGCUCAAGGGUUGUAUCUUCAUGACAGCACAAACCGGUUUUCAAAAAGCCUAACCAGAAUGAGUACAGAAAUUCCGAAAGCAAAACUCGGCCAACCAGCCCCGGUCUCCCCUAUACCAUAAUCCUUCAUUGUGCCAAAACUAUUUUUUUGCACCAUAGCUAGGUGACAGAUUGGGCGUUCGCUGCCAUUUUGUUCACAUAGUAUCUCCUAGCGAGUCGAAAUCAACACUGGAUGUUUAAAACAAGUGUGCCUAAAGUAUGACGUUUUUAAUGCUGGAAGCAUUGUCCAAAUUUCAUUCCGCAUACGUUAGUCAAGAAAGUUUAAUAACCCCACCCGACCUGCGCAGUGUUUGAAUUGGGCCUAUAAUAAAAUGUUUUGUGAAAAUAUGUGGUUUUCCAUAUAGCAUGGUAUUAGGAAAUAAAUACAUUACGCAAAUUAAGUGUUGUGUUUGAGAGUUAUCAAAUGAUCAUAUAAGUAGAAUGCAUUCAAAAUUCAUGAAAAAGGUGAUAUAUCUUAGUAACAUUCCUGCGAAAUAUUCUACGCUGGUAGUAAAUAAUUGUGUCUCAGUUUCCCAUACUGCACAAUUUUUCGCCGAUCUGUUACAAGACGUGGAAAGAAUAAAUCCAAAUAUUAGGAUUCUGGCUGUCACCUAAGUGUGAAUAAAUAUGUUCUCGAUUGA